UCCUGCGGUGAAUAGAUGAUGAAAACACCACCACAAAAAAAAUAAUGUAAAAAGAAAUUAAACACUGCAUUCACGACAAAGCUCAGCAAGAGAGUAUCAUCUAUUCUCAUCUCACCAACCAUCCUUCUCAGUCCAAGAACUAGCAAUUUCAGACUGCUCAUCACUCCCGCUACUCGGAAGACUUCCCAACCAUUUCGCGCCUUGAAAAUGGACAACAGCACAACUUCGGGCAAGCCCAUCAGAUGCCGAGCGGCAAUUGCUAGGAAAGCAGGGGAGCCGCUGGUGAUAGAGGAAGUGAUCGUGGCCCCUCCAAAAGCUGGCGAAGUCCGUAUCAAGAUCAUUUGCAGUUCUCUCUGCCACAGCGACAUCACUUUCUUGAAACUGAAAGAUCCGCCGGCAUGUUUUCCAAGAAUUCUGGGCCAUGAAUCUGUCGGUGUUGUUGAGAGCGUCGGCGAUGGUGUCACCGCGUUUGUCGAAGGCGAUACGGUCGUUCCGAUAUUUUUACCAGACUGUGCAGAAUGUAGAGAUUGCACAUCCAAUAAGAGCAACCUCUGUUCGACAUUCCCAUUCAAGGUCUCUCCUUGGAUGCAUGAUGGAUCGAGCAGGUUUACAGACCUCAAGGGGGAGACUUUGUACCAUUUCCUCUUUGUCUCUAGUUUCACAGAGUACACGGUUGUGCAUACGGCUAAUGUAACUAAAAUUGACCCCGUGAUCCCUCCAAGCAGAGCUUGCCUCCUAAGUUGUGGAGUGUCAACAGGUGUAGGAGCUGCUUGGAGGUCUGCAAAUGUUGAAGCAGGGUCUACAGUUGCUAUAUUUGGUCUUGGAUCAAUAGGAUUAGCUGUUGCAGAGGGGGCAAGAUUGUGUGGCGCUACGAAAAUCAUUGGCAUUGAUGUGAACCCUGAAAAAUAUGAAAUAGGUAAAAGAUUUGGAGUAACUGAUUUUGUUGACACGAGGAGUUGUGGUGAAAGACGUUUAAGCGAGAUCAUUAAUGAGAUGACCGGUGGAGGAGCAGACUAUUGCUUUGAGUGCGUUGGAAAGGCAUCCUUGGUUGAGGAAGCAUAUGCCUGCUGCCGCAAGGGAUGGGGAAAGACGGUGGUUCUUGGGGUGGACAAGCCUGGAGCUCAGUUGACCUUAAGCUCCUUUGAGGUCCUUCACACCGGAAAAGCUCUAUUAGGAUCAUUGUUUGGAGGACUCAAACCGAAAUCCGACAUACCAAUCCUCAUUAAACGCUACAUCGACCAGGAGCUGGAACUUGACAAGUUUGUGACCCAUGAGGUUAGUCUUGACGACAUCAACAAAGCUAUUGAUUUACUACUCGAAGGGAAGAGCCUCAGAUGUGUGAUUUGGAUGGAUAAAUGAUUGUUCUUUACGCAUCAGAUUUAUCCUUUUUGUAUUUGUCGCUUGCCGUAAACAUUGUUCUUUGUUUCUCCUUCUGGACGAUUAUUCCCCGUUGAAAUAAUAUUCUGAAUUUCUGAAG